AUGGCUUCCACUCCCAGCUCCGCAAGUCCUGGUGAAGGUCCAUCAUCACGCCAUACUCCCUCCACGGCCUUCAUGUCAACGGUGCCAUCACCCCCAAAAGAGCUAUCGGAGAAAGAUAGAGAGAGUGACCCGCGAAGAUACAUGGGCUACCCGCGCUAUGUCAACGACAUAGCAUCCCAUUCUGCAUUUUGCUUCUUCCGUCGGUUCGAUCGCUUGAACACGCGUAUUAUCUUGAGGAUGCAGAACAAUCUGUCGCGUACCGAGAAAAGGCUGGAUCAGCUCGACGCUCGCUACAUGCAGCGCGGGUCUGAUGUGGUCGACAAUGGUACGUUUUGUUUGCACGACGAGGAUGAACGCGUGCCAGUUCUCGGCCUCGCCCAGACCCAGUUAAAGGAGUAUAACCAGUACAUGGCAUCUUAUCUGCAGCUUUGCGCGUGCGAUCCGGUCGAACAGAAUGACAUCACGAGCCUCCACACCUGGCAUGAGAACUAUAAGAACGCCAUAGUUCCCGAGGAGAAGGAAUACCUUGAUCAUGGAGACCUCUUUCCCGUUCGUAAACAGCCGCAAGUCUCCCCCUUGCUGCGGUUUCUCGACACGAAAGAGGGUUUCCGCCGCCUGAAACUGUGGGAGGUUGGGAAACCAAAGGCCGGCCUUCCACUUCCCGUCUCGCAGGAUAUUCGAUACUAUUCUUCUGAUCGCAAGGAGCGGGCGGGUGCCUGGCUCUUUUCCAUCCUCGGGCUAUUGAUGAUAGUGGGCCCGGCAUGGGGCCUGGCCUACAUUCCCUCGAAAGCCGGGAGGUUGGGGUUGAGUACGUGCUCUGCUAUUUUGUUCUUCGGGCUUGUGGGGAUAGCUUCAACUGCAAAGCUGCAGGAGGCACUGGCAGCUGCAGCUACAUAUUUUGCAGUGCUGAUGGUCUUCAUUGGGCGUUGA